AUGCAACCUGGGAUAGAGCACCCGGAUCUGCAGGCUGUGGAUCUGGUUCAUCUGUCACUGUCAGCCCGUUUAUCAGCCCUCAAGGUCAACGACCUUAAAGACGAGGUUGAACAAUCUGCUAAUGACAACGAACCUGCGGCUCAGUCCACGCUUCAGGACUCCCCGACGCGCUCUCAGGAAGAAGAGAUUUUUGAUGAACCUGCGGUGCAGGACGAAUAUGAGGGUUAUACUAGCGACGAUCCGGAUGAGGAAGCUGAUCCUGAAGCAUUGAGCAUUAUCGCUUCAAAGCUGAAAUACACGCUAACGCUUCUUGUCCCUUUCAGGCACGAAUCAGAAGUGCCUAGGACGGCUGAUACUAUCGUGGCUCACCUAGAUCAUUGGAAAGAGGACUUAUCUGCUGAAGCUCAAACCACUACGACAUGUCAGAAGCUGACACCGGCCUACCUCUCGAAGACGUGUUUCGGUCGUCUGCAAGUUGUCUUUACCUCAAAAGAUGACGCGUAUUAUGUCAAGCAGAGGAAGAUCAAACAUGUCACGCUUAAGGGGGAGACGCUAGAGCUGAGGUGGCAGUUUCCGAAGGACUCCACGUACGUUCACGUGCGCGCACUCCAUCAGCAGGCGAUUGAGGUGGUGUUGAAGGGUGUCCUGGCGGAAGUGACUCCUGAUGUGGUUAACAGCCUGCUGGUGGAGGUAAAACUUGUCAAGAGGGGAAAAACGACAUACAAGGAGGGGUUCGGCUUUCACCGUGUUCAGGAUCCAAUCACGGGGCUGGAUAUUAACAAGAUACGCAGCAUGGUGGUUCAGCACGAGAAUGACCGCUACCGGUGGCGUCAUUUCAUUGAGGAACUGGCGAAGCGUGGGAAGAAGAUCGUGCUGCACUUCCCUUCUGUCACAUGUGACUUCUGUAACGGCCAUCACCUGAUCCGCUACCACGACGACUACGGCACUGACCACGGAAUGCCUGUAGCAACAUACACGAUGCUCAUGGGGGAUUUUAAUCUGGUGGAAGACCUGGAGCUGGAAAAAUCUUCUAAGCUCGGGUCAAUGGCUGAGAAUCAGAGACUGCUGAACGGGUGCGUUGGGCUGGACUUAGAUGAUGCCUUCCGCACUCUUCACCCGGUGAAGAAGGAGUUCACCUUCUAUUCGAGGUCGGCGAAAGUGAGCUCAAGGAUCGAUCGCGCACUCGUGUCGGCGUCAAUGUUGGGCUGCAUAGGCGGAGCCUUCCACACCUCUAUCCUGAAGGGGAUAACGGACCACUGGUUUGCAAUCUCGGUGAAGCUGACGUCGUCUGAGGGGAAUGCGAAAGGUCCCGGCCUGUGGAGACUGCCUGCAAAAAUAGCAAAGAGUCAAGGAGUGAGGAACAUUGCACAGGCGAUAACACAACAGCAGGAUGCGGAUGGUGACUUUGUUAAAACGCUGAAGAAGCUGAAUGCGGGUCUAAAGGAAUAUGCGAAAGGAGAAAGAAGGAGAGUGGCUCGCACUGUCGAACAUCUGGAGGAGAAGGUGGCGGUGCUCAGGAAAGCCUUUAUGAGUGAUGCGGGAAACCUCAACCUGCAAGAGCAACUAGCAAAGAGUGAAGCACAGCUGAAAACGUUCUGGGAUGGGAAGAAUAACUGGUUGCAGACACUGGCAGGCAUACAAGGGGAGUUGGAGGGGGAGACUGCGUCUAAGUUUCUCACGGAGAAGAUAGCCUCAAGGAGAGCGAAGACAGAGAUUCAAACGCUUUCGGUGGGGGAGAAAAUGGUGACCGAGGCGAAGGAGAUCUUGUUGGCUGCAUCAGAUUUCUUCCGAGACCUCUUUGGAAAGGCCAAGGAGACGUCGGGGGAGAAGUGGUUAACCGAUAAAAGCAGGCGGUUGGAUGAGAAAGACAGGGAAGUGCUGAAGGCGAAAUGGACAGAAAAAGAAGUUAAAAAGGCAUUAGCAGAGCUGCCCAAGGGGAAAACGUCAGGUCAAGACGGACUGCCGAGGGAGUUUUUUUAG